AUCUGAUUUUUUAAUAGGUCCAAAUGGCCCAAGAGAGAUUUGAUUUGGGCUGGAUCCAAAAAUAAUGACCCAAUAUAGAUUUGUUAUUAAUAUUACUUAAUUGCCCUUAAUGAAACAUGCAAGGUUAGUGAAGGAAACAUGCCCCUAAGGUAAUUAUGACAAUAGGAUCCUGCUUUAAUAGUAUAGAUUUGUAUUACGCAUGUCUUUUCUUUUUUACGAAAGUAAAGCGCACCAAACCAUAACAUAUCAAACAGAUUAAUUUGAAGUUUUCUUAAGCUAGUUUACAAAAAAAAAAAAAGUUUUCUUAAGCUAACAUAGGUGAAAAUAUUCAGGCUAGUCAAAUAAUUUUAAGAUGCCAUGUCAGCAAGCCAAAAAAUAUAACCUACUCAUGUAUUCAGUCCUCUUUAUUCGUCACCUUUUCGGUUUCUCCAUCAACUUUUUGGCGCUAGGGCUGAGGUUUUAUCCGUUAUGGAUUGGACCAUAUAAUUAUUUUAAUUUCAGUAUAUGGAUAAUUUAAUACAGUUCUUAUACUUAAUUAUCUAUAUUAUAAUACUUAAUUAUAUUCAUUUAAAUGGUGUUAGCUCCAUUACUUUUCCAUCAUCUCCUUCCUCUCACUUCCUUCGUCAUCCACUCCUCACAGUUCAUCUUCUCCAUUUCACUUGCUCUCCUAUCUUCACCAACCUCAGAUUCUCCUCUCUCUCCUCUCCAAUUCACCAUCGGCCUCCUCCACCAUCUCUCAGAUCCAGAGUUAUGCCGCGGUAUUCGUGUAACGCCGACUUAAACACUGCCGCGUUCGUGUCAAGCUGCCGAGUUCAUGUCUCUUUCGUGUUCUUUCUCGUGUCACGCCGACAGAUCAGUAUCUAGAAUGGCGGAGAUCGAUUAAUGAGAAGAACCCUAAAAAUGAGACAAAGCGUUUAGAGUGCGGUAGGACUGCCACAGACCGGGCCAUGUUCAAUGCCAAAACAAAGUCCAUAUAAAAUGAAACCCAUAAACAUUGCGACAACUUUAAUGAAAUGCAACGUUUAAUAGAAGAUGGGCACGUGUCAGCCUGUCAGAGAGUGAGUUUCCACGUUGAUAGCUUAAGAGUGAGACUAACAUUUUUAUAUAUAUAUAUAUAUAUAUUUAUAUUGAUACUAUUUAUACUUUAAGUUCAUAUAAUAUACAUAUAACUAUACAGAAAAUGAUUUGCUACUCACUUAAAAUACAUGUCAAGUUUUUUUAUUUCAAAAAUUAACAAAAAGUUACAUCCAAAAUUGAAAAAUAAUAAUCAAAUUAAUAUCUUUUUAGUUUCAAAUGUUAUAAUCAAAUCUAUUAACUAUUAAAUCUAUUAAAUAAAAAAUUAAGUGAUAAUGCUAUCUAUGGACCGGUGUACGCCUGCGAACAACUAUGCACCAUGAAUCUAUUUUCUGACACAAUUCUUACCUUGGCUGUUCCAGGUUCUCCAAAAGCAUGGACAUUCUCGUCCUUCCAAGCCUGAAAUGUACAUGGUUUUGGCAAUUGAGUCACAUAAGGGUAAAUUACAAAUUUGAGCUUCUGUUGGGUAUAUUACACCUAAUCAUUUUUCUUAAAAUAUAUAUAUGAUACUAGAACUAAAUAGUCCUCCAUGUGCACGGACUACAACUUUUUAAUUAAAAGUGAUACGAAUUACGCCUAAUUAGAUACGCUACACCCGUUCCAGAUUUUCUGUAAUAAGAUUUUCAAUUUUCUUGACAUAAUUAUGAGUGUUAACUUUUUUUAAUCAUCGAAGAUUUUUUUGGAAAUCUUAUUUCUCCGAAUAGUCUUAAUUGUUUUAUUAAUUGAGUAUUAUCAAACGGAUAAGUACGUAUUGAUUUAGUUAUUUAUAAUUUAUUUGUCAGUUGUGAUCUUGUGAAGAUCUCUCUAUUCUGCCUAACCUAAAACCACUCAAUAACCCUAAUUCAGUCCCUAUCCCUAGUCCGUAUAUCUAAGGUAUAUAUAUAUAUGUAUAAUAAGCUACGAUAAAACCCAUAAAGAAAGGAAAAAUAGAAAGAGAGAAGAGAAAUAUAUAUUAUACGAUGGAGAAGACUGAAAUGAGUCGAAGAGAUGUGAUUGUAUGCCGAGAAAUAUGGUAUGUAAUGGCUAUACUCUCGCUCUUUGGCCUCUCCAUAUCACUCAAUCUUCUUUGGCCACCUGGGGCAAAGUCACCAGGAUCGUCUCCUUUCCUCAGGGACUGCGCAGUGAGUGCCACAACAUUCUAUGCAGUGACGGUACUCAGGUAUCUCUUAUUCACCGAUCCUCCUCCCUCCACUGGUUGCUACAAGGAUUUUACUACAAACAAAGAGAGGAUUCCUCAGUUUCUCUUUGCGGAGUUUUCCAUAUUAGCGUUAAUGACAUCUCCGUCAAUGUAUUCACUUUUGGUGGAUCAUGACGUAUUGUUAUACAUGUCGUUAUUCACCAUAUCGUUGUUCACUGGUGGGGUAGGUCUGAUUCAGCUAUCAGAUAAGUUUAGGAUGGAGAUGAAGAAUGCUUAUAUCACGCUUCUUUGCGGUUGGUUAUGUUGCCUUUUUGGCACUUAUAUUUUUAUUUAUCUCCCCAGUAUAAACGUGGCUAUGAUUCUUGCAGGAGUUUAUUGGUUGUUCUUCUUUUUUAUCAUUGUAUAUAAUUACCGCAGUUAGGAGCUCUCUACAAAUUCCAGGGUUUCCACUCUUCCUGCUUAAUUCUCUUGCUUAAUUUUUUCUUAAUGGUAUUAGAGCCAUUAAAAUAAAGUAAUGGUAUUGUAAGUCCCAUAUAUAAGACUCCACGUUCUGAGUUUAAUGACAUGUUAACUUCUUGCUUUUACCAUUUAUUUUGAGAGCUAUUAAAAUUAGUCAUACAUAUCCUUAGUUAACUUGGACUAAUCAAAAGCCAUUCAUGACUUAUUGGAAAUUUUGCAAUUGUAAUCUAUAUAACAUCACCAUUAUCAAGAUGAAUACUUUACGAAUCAUGUACGGAUAACUUAAGAAGUACUAGCUGAGUAGCAAGUAAUUGUGUCCACUCCUAGUAAAAAUACCUUCCUUGGCUUGAAUAUUGGCUCUGACAUUGUCGACGGUGACACUGCUUUCGACCUCGAGAGUAAAUGUCUUUGUUAUAGGAGUUUUCACGAAGAUCAUUUACUAGGAUUUCUCUUAACGCGCCACCGAAAAGACGAACUUGAAACAGAAGUGGCUAAAUCAAAUAUCAUAUGAAUAAAUAGAUAUUCUCUGUGUUCCACUUCCACGUCCACAUGGCUUGAACGAUUACGUACUGACAAAACAUUUACAUAUCAUAAGGCAUAUUGUAAGACUCUAGCUACAUGCAUGUAUAUAAUCAGCAUUAAUAUUAAUUCGUUUUGGUCAGAAAAUUAGAAAUUUUAUAAACACCGUCUUUGCUAUAAUUAAAAAGGACUUUGAUGUUGGUAAUGCAGAUUAGUUAUCUUAAUCUCCCACAGGGGUAUUUGUAAAACAUCUUGGAGAUCUAUUGCGGUUAAUGGUAGAAACCAAGAAUUAUCUUUCUCAACCUUUGGUGUACAGGCUCUCUUGAAGUUAUCUUUGACUUUGCACGUUGCUACUGCAACCAUUGAGAGAUGUUUUUCAGGAAUGAAGAUCGUAAAGAUAGUAUGACGAAAUCGCAUCGGUGAUCAGUUUUUAAAUGAUUAUUUUAUUUGUUUUAUUAAAAAAAAUACUUGAAAAUGUAACCAAUGAAACUGUUAUAAAAAGGUUUCAAGCUAUGAUUGAGAGUAUAGUACAUUUGUAGGUUUUUUUUUGUGUAAUACAUUUGUAGUUUUUUGGUCAUUUAAACAUUUUGUUUUUGAUAUUUUUUUUCCGACCUCAGUA